AUGCUGCUAACGAUGUGGAAAUACGUCAUGGACCAGCGGCAGACGCUACGCGACCGCGAGAAGGCGGACAUCCACUUCCUGAACGCGCUUCAGCUGGCGGACCUCCGGGCUAUCUGCCGUGAGGACACCCCCGGCUGGGUGCACUUCCAGGAGUUCGAACAUGUGCACUGGCUGAACGUGCAGCUGCAGGAGGUGUGGAAGUAUGUGGAUCGGGCAACAUCUCAUCUAGUGAAGGAGGUGGUGGAGCCAAUGCUAGACAGCUACAAGCCGUCGGGAGUGUCGUCGCUGACGUUCAAGCGCUUCAAGCUCGGCAGCAAUGCACCGCGCAUCGAAGGUGUGAAGGUACAACGGCUGGUGGAGCAGCAGGUGAUGGUGGAUAUGGACUUGUGGGUUGGAGGGGGCUCGUCUAUCAUCCUUGCCAUCGCCAGCAUGGGCGUCAAGAUGCACGUGCAGCUGCGCUCCACUUCAGCACUUGCCUCCUUGACAGCAGCUGGGCGAGCAGCUGCCGUGCAUCGAUGCCGUCGUGAUCUCCAUCCACAAGAAGUGGGAGAGCAGCUGCCGUGCAUCCACAAGAAGUUGCUCCCCAUCACUGCGCUCCCCAUCAAUGCGCUUCCCAUCAAUGCGCUUCCCAUCAAUGCGCUUCCCAUCAAUGCGCUUCCCAUCAAUGCGCUCCCCAUCACUGCGCUCCCCAUCACUGCGCUCCCCAUCAAUGCGCUCCCCAUCAAUGCGCUCCCCAUCACUGCGCUCCCCAUCACUGCGCUCCCCAUCAAUGCGCUCCCCAUCAAUGCGCUCCCCAUCACUGCGCUCCCCAUCACUGCGCUCCCCAUCACUGCGCUCCCCAUCACCGCACAUGCGCUACACUACAAGCAACGGGGAGAUUGCCAUGUCAUGUCAGGCACCUUCUCAUCCUCUCCUCCGCCCGCGCAUGCGGAUAGAGUACAAGGUGAAGGCGAUGGGGUGGUUGUGAGAGCGCAUCGACGUGCCGCUCCCCUUCACCCCCCUCUUCCCCCUUCACCCCUCUUCCCCCUUCACCCCUCUUCCCCCUUCACCCCUCUUCCCCCUUCACCCCUCUUCCCCCUUCACCCCUCUUCCCCCUUCACCCCUCUUCCCCCUUCACCCCUCUUCCCCCUUCACCCCUCUUCCCCCUUCACCCCUCUUCCCCCUUCACCCCCCUCUUCCCCCUUCACCCCCCUCUUCCCCCUUCACCCCCCCCAGCCGCGCAUGCGGAUAGAGUACAAGCUGAAGGCGAUCGGGGGGCAGCUGUCGUCCAUCCCGGGGCUGGCGGGGAUGAUAGAGAGCACGGUGCACAGCGCCAUCGAGAGCACCCUCAUGUGGCCCGAACGCAUCGUCGUGCCACUCGCCCCGUCGUUUGAUGCCAGCUCACUCGAGAUGCACUACGAGGGUUCAGUGGUGGUGACCGCGUGGAGGGCGGAGGGGUUGAAGAACGUGGAUAUGAUGAGCGUGUCGGACCCCUUUGCCAUCCUCUGGACGCACUGCAAGCACAAGGCCGUCACCCGCACCAUUGACAAUGACCUCAACCCGGUCUGGAACGAAACUUUCGAGCUGCCCGUGGACGACAUCCACACUGCGGAGCUCUUCAUUCAGGUGGAGGAUGAGGAUAGCUUUGGGAGUCAGAACCUGGGGUACGCUAUGUACCCUUUAGUGGACCUCCUCGAUAAGGACACAGUGCAGACGGUCACGCUGACGCUGCUGCCGAAGCUCAACAACGACCGCAUGCUUGGCAUCGACCACAAGCUGGGGCGCAUCACCCUGCAGAUGGUGUAUCGCAGCUACACACCAGAGGAGAAGGUGCAGGUGACCGCAGCAGAGAAGGCCCGCGACCCCAAGGCGGGAAGUGGAGGGGAUGGUGGUGGUGCCUCGGGCGGUGAUGGGUCUGGUAGCGGCUUCAGCAGUGGCUUUGCAGACGCAGCUGCUGCUGCUGUCGCUGAGGCUGCUGCUGCUGAGGCUGCUGAGGCUGCUGCUGCUGCUGCUGCUGCUAAAGAGGAGGAGGAAACUGAGGAUGGGGAUGUGGAUGCUGAUUAUGGUGACGGCAGCAGCAGCAAAGGUAAGCAGGGUGGAGCAGGAGGGGGGGGCAGUAGCAGCAGUGGUAGCAAGAGCAGGGCACUUGAUAGACUGAAGAAAAAGGGAGAGGGCGAGGGCAGUGGAGGAAGGACCAUGUGGGGAUCACUUAAAGGGUGGGCAGGCGGGCAGAAGGCAAAGGGGAAGAAGAGUGGUGGUGAGGGGUGGGACGCGGUGGCGGAUAAACUGGUGGAGACAUCAAAAGGACGGGAGCUUCGGAGGAGCUUUCAGGUGUCGAGGGAGAGUAGGAGAGAGGGAGGAGGAGAGGAGGGGGAGGAUGAGGAUUUGGAGGAUGAGGAGGAGGAGGACGAGGAGGAGGAAGGUGAAAAGGGGUCUCCUUGUGUGGAAAACGGAGAGGAGGGUGAAAGAGGGAUGGAUGGGGAGGAGAGUAUGAGGGAGGGGGAUUAUGGGGCUGGUGGGCUUGGUGCAGGCUCAGAACGGGGAGACAGGGAGGGGGGAGAGGAUGGAUUGAACAGCGACACAGGGAGGAGAGGUGCGGGGGAAGAGGUAGCGCGGGGGCAGAGGAUGAACGGUGAGCCGUUGAAAGAGGGAUGCGCGCUGCAGGAGAAUUCAAUGGAGGGAGGAGAAGGCAGUGGGGAAGAGAGAAGUGCAGGAGAGAGAAGUGCAGGAGAGAGAAGUGCAGGAGAGAGAAGUGCAGGAGAAGGGAGAAUGAAUGGGGAGAUGAAGACGGGUGAGAGAGAAGGUGAGGGAGGGGGCAGCGGUGGUGGAGGGGCGAGUGGCAGGGACGGGCAGAGGAGGGGUGACGGGCAGGGAAGGGGCGUGGGUGGCGUGCAGAGGAAGAGGGAGGUGAGGCGGAUGCUGCUGCGGGCGAUGCUGGAGCGCAAGGAGAGCCCCGAGCGCAAGGAGAGCCCCGAGCGCAAGGAGAGCCCCGAUGUUGCACGCUCUCGCUCUGGCUCUGCUGACGCUGUUGAUGCCGGUGAUGCUGCUGGUGACGGUGCUGGCACUGCUGAUGGUGGUGAUGCUGCUGCUGGUGGUGGUGGUGGUGUGCGGAGUGGGAAUGGUGAGGAGGGCGGUGGGGUGGGCGUGAGCCAUGGUGCUGGGGAGUGGAAUGCGGUGAUGGACGGUGUGGUGGAGUUGGUGCAAGAGCAGGAGCGGGAGCGAGAGCUGACAAGGAGUAUGCAGGUGUCGAGGAGAUGGAGGACGGGCGGUUUGGCAGGAGAGGAGGAUGGGGAGGAGUGUGGAGACGAGGAGGAGGGGGAAGAGGAGGAUGGAGAAGAGGAGCGGGGGAAUGGGGAUGAAGAGGAUAAGGGGAGUAAGGGGCAGAUGAACGAAGAGCAAUCAAGAAGGGAGAUGGAGGUUGGGCAGGCGAGCAAGAUAGGUGGUGCGGUGAGAAAGAGGGAGCUGAGGAGCUUGCUGCUGGGGGCGCUGUUGGAGAGGAAGGACAGCCCGCGGGGAUUACAGGCUAGCGUGGACCUAGCUGUUGGUGAUAGCGGCAGUGGCAGCGGCAGUGGCAUUGGUGCUGGUGCUGGUGCUGUUGCUGGUGCUGGUUCUGGCAGUGGUCGAAGUGGGGAGGGCAAGGGGCUGAGGAGAAGGUGGGGCGCCCUGAUAGAGACCUCUCAGGCCUCUACUCCUCGCUCUGCCGCCGGUGCCGCCAGUGCCGCUAGUCCUGCCAGUGCUGCCAGUGCUCCCGUUGUUACCGGUGCUGCCGGUGCUGCUGCUGCUAUUGCAGCGGCUAUUGCUGCUGCAAGGGAUCGAAGGAUGGCCUCUUCCUCCACCGCUGCUGCAGCUGUUCUGUCAGGGAGUGCUAGAAGGAGUGAUGUCUCUUCCGCUGCCACAGUAGGGAGUGUGAGUGCUGGUAAGCUUUCCAACGUAGUAGCUGCUGUGAGUGCUGCUGCUGGGAGUGCUGGUGCUGGGAGUGCCGCCGGGAGUGCCGCUGGGAGUGCCGCCGGGAGUGCUGUGGGGAAGAAGUCCUUAAGUGGGAUGGCACGGGCGGUGGAUACGGGUCGAGCCUUCAGCCAGGCUUUAAGCAUCCUUGCGGAUAGGAAGAUGCCUGGAAAGGGACUGGGAGGGAAGGGGCUUGCAGCGGUGAGGCGUGUUGGAGGAGGAAGGGGGCACAUGCGCAGUAAGACGGUUGAGGAUGCGCCUUCCUUUGAAGCAGAUGAAACGGUGGUGGUGGGAGAUGAAACGGCGGUGGCGGGAGAUGAAACGGUGGUGGCGGGAGAUGAAACGCGUGGGUGUGAUGACGAUGGGCAGAAGGUGGUGCGGUUUGGAGCUGGCGGCAAGGCAAAGAGCUAUGCUGCGCUGGAGGGUGUGCUUGGUGGAGACAUGGACACGCAGGGAGAUGACUUGGAGGGAGAUGGCGACGCAGAGGUGUGGGAAAUGUCGUGUGUGGCUGUAACGAGUGUGCCUGUAACGGGUGUGGAAGCAGCAAGCAGUGGUGCCAGUGGUGCCACGGAUGUCACGGGCAGUGCUGAGAUUGGGAGGAGUGUAGAGAGCUGUGAGUUGAGUGAGCGGAGAGCGGGGAGUGACAGUGCUGACUGUGCAGGGGCAAGGGGGCAGGCAGAAACAGAUGCUGAAUUGCGAAGAGGGAGUGAGAGGCGUGGGGGGCAAGGGAGGGUUGGGGAGGGGGAGAGGAGUGGAGAGGGGGCGGAUGAGGGCAUGAGGGAGGGCGGUGGAGGUGGGGAAAGGGGUGAGGAUGACGUGAGAGGUGAUAGGCGUGAGAGUGAGGAGAGCGCUGAACGAGAUGAGAGAGGUGAAAGAGAUGAGGGUGACGAGAGAGGGGAGAGAAGGAUGGAGGAUGAAGAAGAGAGAGGGAGGCAGAAGGGAGAGGUCGGAGGAGGGAGUAGAGGAGAGGGUAGGAUGGAUAGCGUGGAUGAGUGGAGUAGAAGCCAUGUAGGUGAAUCAGCGAGGCUGGCAGAUACAGUGGAGGGUAGAGCAGGGGAGUGCAGAGAAGGGGAAAGCAGAGGGGAGGAGGGCAGAGAGGAGGAGAGCAGAGAAGGGGAUAAUAGAGAAGGGGAGAGUAGGGAAGGGAAGAGCGGAGAGCAGAUGGGCUUGAAAGAGGAGAGCAUGGAAGGAGGCUCUGUGGCUGAUUCAUUGACUGCAUGCUCUGUACUGCCGCACGCUGCCAGCAGGCAUACUCCCUUAGGGGGGCAGGAAGGUAGGGAUUUACCUGGGGGGAGAGAGGGAAUGGGAGAUGAUGACACAGUGAUGAGUGGAAGAGGGGCUGACACGUGGCAUCAAGGAGAUGAAACUCUCGUGCAAGGAGAUGAAACUCUUGAGCAAGGGGAUGAAACUCGGAGGGAAGCGGAGGUGCUUGUGGCUACGGAGGCUGCGUACUGUGAGGGGGAGGUGGAGGGAAGGGGCGUAACAGGCAAGGACACAGGGCACAGCCGGAUUGUGGGGAAGGGGAAGGGUGGAGCGUGGGGAUUUGCUAAGAAUGUGAAGAAUGUGGGGCGGGCGCUUAGAGGAAUGAAGGGCGGCACCAAGUGUGUGUAUUCUCCGGAGGAGUUGCGGGAUAGGUUGGAGGAUAGGCGAGAGGAGAUGGAGAGCAUGGCUGAGAUGGAAGGGAAGCGUGCAAAUGCAGAUAUGGAUCUGGAUUGA